UGGACAGUAGGGUUCGACUCGCGCUACGCGGCACGACAUUAUUUUUAGCGGCUGGUUUGUGUUGCUGUGUGGGAGUAGCAGGAGCUCGCUCCAUCUCUGCCGCCGCACGAGGAACAUUCGUCAUAUACGUCCGGCCUACGCUUGUUGGAGCUCUGCUUGAGGUUUUCCGUUUCAAACGAGGAUAACGGAUCGUUCCUAACUGGACGACAAUAACACGACUCUUCUGAAAGGGGCUGUAUCACGUUAACAAUCGCCCAUUGAUACCGGAUAGUUUGUUCUUGCACCCAGCCGGCCUGGUGUUGGGUAGCCUAAAAAAGAAAUGACUAGUCCCAGCGCGGAUAGCCACGCAUCAAUAAAUGCCACACAAAACGAAUCGGGGCCAAUUGAAGCAAGUCAUCCUGAACCCGCAUUUCAAGAGGCGCAGGAAUGGAUCGAGGCCGUGACGGGGAGAAGCUUUGGAGACAAGGGCUUCCGCAGUGGUCUGGAGAAUGGCAUCCUGUUGUGCGAGCUCCUGAGUGCUAUAAAACCAGGACUGGUGAAGAAAAUCAACAGACUGCCCACACCAAUUGCGGGACUGGACAACCUGACGGUGUUCCUGAGGGGCUGUGAGGAGUUGGGCCUCAAUGGGUCGCAGCUGUUUGAUCCAGGGGACCUGCAAGACACAUCCAUACGGGCCAACCUCAAAGAUGCUGACUGCAACAGAAAACUCAAGAAUGUCCUGAAUACAGUGUUCUGGCUGGGCAAAGCUGCUAACAGCUGCACCUCCUACAGUGGUCCUACUCUCAACCUCAAGGAGUUUGAAGAACUGCUGGCUCAAAUGAGAAUGGGCUGUGAAGCGAUGGGUGACACUGGUGCCCUGACAGUGAGAGACAGUGGCUAUGACUGCUGGGAUUCUGAGCGGAGUGAGUCCCUCUCUUCACCUUGCCACACCCGAGACAACUCACUGGACAGUCUGGACUCCUUUGGCUCCCACUCUCAGCAAAGCCCUUCUCCUGAUGUGAUCAACAGACUCAACAGUGAUGGGCGGGGCAGUGACUCGGAAGCGGAUGGUAAGAAGCCAGAUGUGCGCAGGGAUGACAUGUUGGCCCGGAGGACGGCCAGCAGCGAAUCACGAGCCCCCGUUCCCUUCAACCAGUUCCUGCCCAACCGGACCAACGCCACCGCCUACGUCCCGGCCCCCCGCCGCCGGGCCCACGGCGAGGAGGGGGAGCAGCGGAGUCAACACUCCCCCGUCUUAGCAGAAGGUGAUAGUAUGGCAAGUUCUGGCCCUCGAUCCAAACCCCUGAAAACCGUCACAUGGGCCCGGGGAGACAGCGUCAAUGAGGUGGACGAGGAACCCACUCAGCAAGGUCCGGACCUGACCCAGGGAGACCAGGACUGUUCCCAGGAAGACCAGGAGUGCACCCAGGAAGACCAGGAUUGCACCCAGGAAGGCCGGGAUGUGAGCCGGGAAGUCUUAGAGCAGAAGAGGUUGCAGAGGCUUCAGAAGGCGGGGAUAAAGGUCCUGCCUGCCGCCGUUCGCUACAGCAGGGUCCAAGAACCCUCGGAGGAGGAGGAGCGCCACAAAGACAGGGGUCCGUCGCCCGACAUCAUCCUCCGGCGGGACAACGACUUCCUGUCCAAUCACAAAGCCACGUGGGACGCGUCCUCCUCGUCCGACGGCGAGGGCGAGGAGGAGGCCCGGAGGAAGGUUCCGGACGUGCGCAAGGACGACCUGGCGUCGCGGCGGGCCCCCCGCGCGGCCCUGGCUCCCAGGGUGCACCAGUUCUUGCCGGCGCCGGUCUGCAGCAGCAGGGACCGGGAGCGCUGGGAGGGCAUCCGGCGAGCCUCCCAGCAGGCCCUGCAGGAGAAGGAGCCCAGUGAGAUGGCGGCGGCUGUCUCUGACAUCAUCACGCAAAAAGACAACCCCUUCCUGAACGCCAACCCGCGGGCGGGGGAAGGGGAAGACGAGGAGGACGAGGAGCAGGGGGGAAUGGGAGGAGUUAAGGCGGUGCCCAAUAAGGUGAAGGAUGACCUGGCUCGGAGGCGUGCUCUGGCAAAGCCCCGCCCCCAUAGGCAGGGACCAAUGAGCUUCGGGUCUGCCUCGAUGAGCCAGGCAGACAAGCAGAAGUGGGAGAGACUCAGAAUGGCUGAACCAAGUGAUCCCGGCCCCGCCCCGGUGUGCGGGGCUUGUCAGGGCAGCCAGGUGGACGGUCCCCCCAUCGGCUCAGCCAAGGCCGGACGCAGCCAUAGCAAAGUGGUGACCUUUGGUGGAGUGACUGAGAUCAUGCAGCCCAGGGAAGGGGAACAGUCAGACAUGCUUAGGCGGCUUCUCGCCAAGGCAACCAUUGCUAUGCCUACUAUUGACCUGGCCUCCCGGCUAAGGGAGGAGGAACGCAGCCAGGUCAACGGAUCCGACCCCAUGCUAACUCCGCCCCCCACCCCCUCUGACCUCCGACCCUGGACCCCCGAGGCCACGCCCACCGCGGCUGAGACGGACGCACGCUUCGCUCAGUACGCGAAGGCGGCGCAAGAGGAAGACGAAGAGGAGGAGGAGGAGGAGGAGGAGAGGAUGCCCAACCUGCAGAAGGACGACAUGCUGGCCCGGAGGACGGGGGCGUUCAGCCGCCGCGCCGCCCCGUACAACCACUUCCUGCCCCUGCCGGCGUCCAAGCGCGGCGCGCAGGGGGAGGUGCAGACGGACGCCGCACCGCGGGGCAGGAAGGCCGUGAGGGCCGAGUGGGAGAGGAGGGCGGAUCCCAGAGGGUCCCCUGUGAGAGAGUUGCCGCAGGAGAGCAUCCGGGUUCCCGUGGAAACGCCUCCCCAGCAGCGGGCACAGGACCAAGCCAUCGCCCGGCCGUCCCCACGUAGUGACGACGAUGAGGACGAGGAAGAGCAGGAGGGCGUGGUGCUCCCCGACCCGGAGAAGGACGAUAUGAUGGCGAGAAGAACCCGAGCGUGUAACACACAAACUGCCGCGGGGAAGAAAGCGCCGGUCAAUCGAUUCUUGCCGGUGCCUGGGUCCGCUGUACAUAGAAACGUUGCGCCGCUUUUGCCCGUGUCGAAUCCCCCGCUGCAGAGCAGACUGAAAACAGCAGAGAAGAGAAACAGAGACAGCAGAAUGGCUGCUGAGUCAGUAGAGGAUCCAAUCAUACCUCCUCAGAAAGCCCCCGGCAGAGUGCCCACCCGGGCCGGGGGGCAGGAAGAGGAGCAGGAGAAAGAGGUGGAGGAAAAGAAAGAGAGACGUCGAGAAGGAGACGCGACGCUUCCUAAUACCUCCGCCCCCCUCGCCCGUCGAACCGCCAACCCCCCGGCAGGCCCUCCUGCUGGGGCUCCUCAGGGUGUGGGGUCCCCGGGGGACCGGCAGAGCUCUGAGGGGGAGGCGGGGGUAACGGAGGUGAAGGAGGUGGAACGAGGGCCCGUGGAGAUGUGUAGCAAUGGGGGGGAGCCCCGCAAACCGCAGUGGAUGGAGGAUGAUGAUCUGCCCCCGAUGAUGAUGAGUCGACGGGUUGCUUAUAGGUCUGAUGACAAAGAGAGCAUGAGUAUGGGUGACAUGCCGACGGAGGAGGAGGCCAUGGGGUCCGUGCCCCCGCUGAACCAGUCCCGCUUCGAGCGGACGCACGAGACGCUACACAACUUCGAGGAGGAGGACGACGGUUGGCAGGACAAUCUGGCCCGCUGGAAGAACCGCCGCCGCAGCGCCUCCCAGGAGCUGAUCAAGAAGGAGGAGGAGAGGAAGAGGAUCGAGAAGAGGAUGAAGGAGAACGGGGUGGACAGCGGCAAGCGGAAGAGCAUCAAGACCUACAAAGAGAUCGUGGAGGAGAAGGAGAAGCGGGAGAUAGACCUGUGUGAGUCCUACCGGAGAGCCCAGACCCCAGAGGAGGCCGCCAUGGUGCUGCAGCGCUACGCCCUUCGCUUCACCAUCAGCGACGCCACCCUGGACAGCCUGCAGCUGCCCCGAUCCACCUCCCCGAACACCACGCCCGCUGACCCGGACCAGAAGGACCAGGAGCCCCACCCCACACCACAGAGCACACACCCUCCCUCUGAGACCCCGGAACCUCCGCACCUCCGACCGGAUCCCGCUCGGAUGACGGCGCAGCACCCGAAACCCCCGGAGAACGAAGGGGAGGAGGGGGUCCCGGAGGCCCGGUCCUCCACGACCCCACCGGGUUCCCCGGCCGGUCCCGUCGGUCGGUCGCGACCCUCUCUGCCGCCGCGACCGGCGCCUUCAGAACUACGACCGCAUCAGCCCCCCCAGGGAGAGCCCAGGGGGGCACCGCACACGCCGCCGGGCACCGGAGAGGCCCGGCCGGGACAAACCAAAGGGUUCCAGCCUCAACCGACGAGGGAAGAUCAAGAAUCUGCAAAGACUGUACGCGUCCACCAUGUCUCCCCUACACCCUACCCGCCGUCCAAACCCGUGCCCCUGCUCACAGCCAAACCCUACUGCCUUCCCGGGAGCAGCCACAGCGCUCGCAAGUCUGUUCUGUUGGACGGCCUUGUGCGAGUGAAUGGAAACGUGAAAGAGGAGUCUAAAUUGUCGUCCACCCCUGCCUCCUCCACCUCUCCUCUCAUGGAGAAUCCUGCUUCCUCCGUCUCACCUCCACACUCCACAGAGGAGAAAAAGGAGGAUACUGCCUCCUUCUCUCCCCCACAGUCCCCAAAGCAGGGGAAGGAGGAGCCUGCCUCUGUCUCUCCUCCACCCUCCACAGAGGAGAAGAAAGAGCUGGCUCCCUCUUCUACACCUCUUUCGUCCCAAGAGGAAAAGAAGGAACCUGUCUCCUCCUUCUCUCCUCCACACUCCCCAAAGCCGGCGGUGCAGAAGCCUGCCACCUUCUCUCCCCCACAGUCCCCACAUAAGGAAAAGGAGGUCGCUGUCUCCUCCUUCUCUCCCCCACAGUCCCCAGAGCAGGAGAACCAGGACACUGUCUCCUCCUUCUCUCCCCCACUGUCCCCAAAGCGGGAGAAAGAGGAACCUGUCCCCUCCUUCUCUCCCCCACAGUCCCCAGAGCGGGAGAAAGAGGAACCUGUCCCCUCAUUCUCUCCCCCACUGUCCCCAAAGCAGGAGAAAGAGGAACCUGUCCCCUCAUUCUCUCCCCCACUGUCCCCAAAGCAGGAGGGGGAGAAGCCUGCCACCUUCUCUCCCCCACUGUCCCCACAUAAAGAGAAGGAAGACCCUGCUUCAGAGCAGACAGCAGCAGACAGCCAGAGAACCGCUUCAGACCAGCCGACAACCGAGAGCCGAGGCUCCCAUUCCGGGUCGGCCAUGAGCGCUCUGAUUGGAGGAAGGAACUGCAUCAUCACCACCACUAUUGUGACGGAGCUCACGCAGACUGUAGUGGAGCCCAUCGCCAUGGAGACCGAUACUGAUGGAUCGGUCAAUGGCACCACGGAGCGGUUUGACUCAUCAACAGAAUUGAGAGAGCCUGCACCAGCUGCUCUACCAUUACCUUCAUCAUUGCCAUUGACACCAUUAUCCCCAUUUACACCAUUAUCACCCUUAUCACCGUUAUCCUCAUUAUCACCAAUAUCACCAUUACCCACCAACGGGCAGAUGUAUUCUCCAACUAUAUCAGAGGGCAUCCAAGAGAGCAGCUCAACUAUUGAGACCCCCAUGUUGAACUUGGCUAAGCGUGUUAAUCACUGGGUCUGGGACCCCAAUGAGGAGCGUAAGCGGCAGGAGAGGUGGCAGCGGGAGCAGGAGCGCCUCCUUCAGGAGCAGUACCAGAAAGAACAAGAGAAACUGAAGGGGGAGUGGGAAAGAGCUCAAAAAGAGGUGGAGGAGGAGGAGAGGAGACACAACGAAGAGGAACGGAGGAUUCUGGAUGAGACUGCGACGCCCCUUAAUCCUUCUGGCCUGGCCAAGCCGCCCCGCCCGGCUCCAGAGGAGGAGGGCUCCAGACCGGCCCAGCCCAACCACCAGACCCUGGGAAGGGCUGCACACGCAGAGCCCCACAUCCAGAGACCCACCACCGCUAACGAAGAUCAGCACAAAUCAAAGCUCCAUUUCUUCCAGGAGUCAUCUCAGGAUAGCGAGGCGUCGAGGAAACACGACCUGUGGAAGACCUCUUCCUUGGACCGCAACACCCAGCUCCUUCAGUCCAACACAGUGAAGAGGUCAGGCUCUGACAACACAGUGGCCGGAUCACAGCAGCCUCCAUCUUCCUCCUCACAGCCUCCUUCACCCAGCAGAUGUGUCAGUGGGAAGAGGCUGUGCUCUGGAUGUUCUCAGCCUCUGGGGAAAGGAGCGGCCAUGAUCAUUGACACCAUGGGACUGUUCUUUCACUUGCCAUGUUUCAAGUGUGGCGUGUGCAGUGGCCAGAUGGGGGACACCAGCACUGGGACCGAUGUCCGGAUCCGCAAUGGACAUCUGACCUGUAAUGAGUGCUACAUCGCCACUCGUGGUGGAGGUCAGCCCACAACACUAUGAGGACCAUGAUUCUCUGCAGCAGCCCAACCCUCCCUCCAUCACUGACAGACAGACAGAUAUUCAGACAACUGUGAUGUGACCCGUUUCCCAGUAGAACAGGAUAUCAAGGCGGGUUAAUAAACAACAUUUCGGCCCUGGGGAGGGGUGUGUAUUGAUUUGUGAUCCUGUGAACCGCCCAAACGAUGUAAUCAAUACUUUUGGCGGUCAGAUUGAUAUGCACGUCCACACGGACAUUUGUGUUCUUUUUAGAUACAAUAAGGUAUUCAUUAAUUAAUGAUUAUAUACAAUAAUAUUAGUUUCAUUUUGUCUUUGACAGUAAUUUAGGAAGGAGAAAACUGGAAUAUUUUUUAAUAAAACAUAUAUAGAUAUAUAUGGAUCUAUCGAUGAAGAAACGACUCGAGUGCCAUUAGGUCCUUGCACAUCCAUAUAGAAGCACAGUCAUGGACACAUGGACAUUUGCCCAGGGAAUGCAUUAAGCCCUUUGUAUGUCCGCUAUACAUCAUGGCGAUCUGACAGCAUAGUAACCCAGCCUUGGGUUUGAAAGCUUAUUGUAGCCUGAACAUUUACAAUGCCUUACUCACAUCUUCUCGUUUAGUUUUGUUUUCUUUUGGGUUUUUGUUGACUGCUUUGCAUGAACGAAGAACAUAAAUAUCUGGGUUGGAUUUUUUUUAUCAGAGUAUUGUCUGGAUUACUUAAAGUAGGUUUUGCUCUUAUUUCUUAUCCCCAGUGGCACUUUGACCUUCGGUGUUCCUCUCUUGUUGUACUUCAACAUUUUGGGGUUUAGGGAAGCCAAUCUCGUGUGACUUGUGAUCAGACAUUAGAGUUUUUCUUAUUUUUUAAUCAGAACGCAUGCUAUUGCAACAUUUAAUGUUAUUUGAUAUUUUGCAUUAUUUCCCUCAUGUUUGAUUAUGUGUUUUUUCUUUGCGAUAGCUUGAUUGCAUCAGACUCAGUGCCUUAAGUUAUGAGCAAGGAGAGAGAAAGUAUGAGAAGACAGUUUUGUACUUACGCAGAUCUCUGGGUCAGGCACAGUGAAUGAAUGUGUAUGUUAUUAUGUAUCUGUGUGUGAGUGUGUCCGCAAACAUGCUGUUUUCACUUGAAGCACAGUUCCAUACCAGCAAAAAAAUAUUUUUCAACCUCCUAACCUUGAGCUUACCAAUGAGAAAAAUGUAUUUGCUGCUUCCCCAACCAUCCCCAUCCCUCAUCGAAGUUACGGUAGUUCCCCCCUCUUCCUCUCUUCACGAACGCUGCCUCCUCGUGGUUUGAAUGUACCUUUUGCCCUCUACUUCCCGCGCUAUUGCCUUUAACCUGAAACACGUUAACAGAAUAGCUUAACACCGUGUUAUCCACGCCCCGCUCAGCGCUAACAGUCUAUCUCACACAACAUGUUCAGUUCAUUGUCUUUUAUAGCAAGGGUAUGUUUGUCAAUAAAAUUGUGAAAUUAAAGUUUUCUUCUGUUUUCCUUCAACUGUCCUUUGUCCGAUUCGUCCAGUGAUAAUGUUGACGUUUUUUUUCAAAAUAAAAACGAUGAAACAACUUGGUAUUGAAUUAAAUGCCUUAAUAAAAAUGAUUAAAAUAA